AUGGACUUCACGCGGAUCGUCGACGCUGCCACCACGCUACGAUCCUUCUACCCAGAGCUUCGACUGCUCUUCCCGACGGCGGCGGUGCUAGCGAAGGCGCUCGAUCUACUCCUAUCGCCCAACGCCGAUCCGGAGGCGCUCCGUCAGCUGUGGCUGUCUCAGACGACUGAGAGCACUGUCGAUACGACAAAGGCCCGCGAUGACUACCGCAAGCUUGCUGCGCUGAAUGAGAAGCGCGGCGCGUGGCUUUACGGUGGCAGGAAGCAGCUCAAGGAAGAGAAGGACGCCAUGCUCCGACACGUCCACAAGCUGCGAUCGCUCCCUUCUCCAGCAUCAUUCGAGCUGCACCUGGCUGAAGAAGCAGGACCAGAGCAACCUGAAGCGAUGGGCGUCGGAGGCGUCGAGUUACAAAGACGACUGGAAGCGCGCAACCAGAGCGAGCAACGACGGGAGCAACGACGGGAGCAACGACGGGAGCAACAGUGCCGACAAUGGUAA